AAGCUGACUGCCAAACCUGAAUUGCCAGCAGGGAAAGGGACUAAGCAACCGCUUUAAGUUUCAGCCUGUCUGUGGUGCAGGUUUUUCAAGUCACACACACACCUGCCUGUCACACACACACACACACACUUACUCUCUCUCUCUCUCUCUCUCUCUCUUCCCUCUCUCUUACUCUCUCUCUCCCUCAUUCAUACACACUCACACACAUCUAGGGAUAAAGGUGCUGUCUGAGUUUCCUGCCUCUGUAGAUAUCUUCACUGAGGACCUUGACUUUCCAGAGAAGAUCUCCUGAGGGCCAGCUCUCUGUUUGAUACCAAACGUGUACAAAGUGAACAUGUCCACGGAAAAGGCUAUCAGAGAAGAUCAGGUGGAGAUUUUGGAGUACAACUUCACCAGAAUCAGCAAGAACCCUGACCGUGCCACCCUUGACCUCAUUGCUGCUGAGGCAGGGCUAUCCGUAGAAGAGGUUCUAGAAUGGUUCAAGAAGCGCCUGGGAGAGUGGAGGAAAUCGGAAGGGCUUCCUUCAGAAUCCAGGUCUGUCAGAGAUUGACUAAAGCCUCCCCUUUCGGAGACAUCCCUGGAAAAUGGACAGCACCUCAGUUAUUGCUUUCUCUGUGGAAUGUUCCUGUCAAAAAUAUUUUUUCCUAUUAUUUAACCUACUGCUUAUUUAAAAUGUAUAUACUAUAGGUGGAAAAUAAGUAUAUGAAAUUAUGCUGAUUGUAAUGUUGAUGUUUAUGAAACUUACAAGGAAAAGUCUACACACUGUGCCUAUUGCAAAUACAGUGAUAACUUAAUGGAGUGGGUCUGGUUUAAUAUUUCCAUUAAUUCCAGUAAAAUUAAUAGGAAGGAGCAAUAGAUUGGAAUAUGCUUUUCUUACCUACUAUACUCUGAGAAAUAGCUUCAGCACCAGAGUCCAGGAAAGCAAUAUCUAGAAUCCAUUAGCAUCACAUAGAAACUAGAUUUAUAAAGAAGAAGUUUGGGCAUGAUCAAUCAUGUGGUGUUUGUGAAGGCCUUCAUCUGCACACAAACAAGAGAACAAGCUCCAUCUUGCCUGAGACCAUAUUCAGCUCCUAUGUACACAGAAAACUCACACAAUCCAUGGUGAAUUCAGGGCACACAUACCAAUGAACACUGUGAAAGAACCUUCUGCAAUCUUGAGUGGUGUAUAGUAUCAUGAGUCCUGCUAGUGCAGCUUGGUUAUAGUCAGAUCAUGUAAAAAUCCAGCUAGCCAGCAAGUGAAGUAGAGGUAGUUCUUGACUUACAAUCUUUCGUUUAGUGACUGUUUAAAGUUAUGACGGCACUAAAGAAAGUGAUUUAUGAUCAUUUUUCACACUUAUGCCUGUUGCAGUACUGCAU